GGGACCCUUUUCUUGAAUAAGAAUGCUUAGUCUUUGAAAAGCUUCCCAUUUAUGGGAGAAUUUAGACUUGCCAACACGCUUAAUACAGUAUUUGUGAUCAUUUAGCUAGGCAAUGUUGACAUAACAAUGAGAACUUGAAACUCUGAGACAGAUAUUUCUGUGGGAAAAUGGUGAGGGGUAGUACUCAGCAGUGUGAUGAGAAGAGAUUGAAGAAAGGGCCAUGGAGUCCUGAUGAGGAUCACAAGUUGGUAGCAUACAUUCAAAGAUAUGGUAUUUGGAAUUGGAGUCAGAUGCCUAAACCUGCUGGUCUGGCAAGAUCUGGGAAAAGUUGUAGACUUCGUUGGGUAAAUUACUUGAGGCCGGAUAUUAAGCGUGGAAACUUCAGCAGGGAAGAAGAGGAAACCAUAAUCAAAUUGCAACAGAAAAUUGGAAAUAGAUGGUCUGUUAUUGCAGCAAAACUUUCUGGAAGGACAGACAAUGAGAUCAAGAAUUACUGGCACACCCACUUGAAAAAGCGCCUCAACAAUGACAAGUCCAACAGAGUGGAGAAUACUUCAUCUGAAACUGAAACCUUUCUUGUUGAUGAGGAAGCUUCAAAAGCAUCACUGUUGGAAACUUCAAGAGAAAACUUAUCUCCAUCAAGUUCUGGUAUUGCUGAUGAAAUUGAUCACAAACCCCAGAUUACAGAACAGCAAAGUAUUUGUGAUACAUUUGGUGAACUUCAAAGUUUGUGGACACAUUCUCAAGUGACAUCAACAGCGGUGGAAGAUUCCGAGGCUAUGUUUGUAGAUUCUGCAGGACUUACAUUGUCGACUGCUGCUGAUCAAGUGUGGCUGCAGCAAGAGCCAAUAUUUCCAUGUGGUUCAUAUAGUGAUGAUGCUCAUGUUCUUAUGAGUGAUUAUUGGGUCAAUUUAGGAGUACAAUCUGAUGAAACAAAUGGAAUGUGAUGAUACUCUCUGUCACUGGAACUGUAACUUAAUCUGAGCUGGUAGGAAUGUGUUUAUGUGCAUGAUUACAUUGCAUAAAAAAAAUUGAAAUAGUAG